UGUGCAGGGAUAAGUGGCAUGACUUUAGUUUCACUGGUGGCAAACAAUCUGGCAUCUCUGACUGACAUUUAUAUAUGUAACUGCACACAUCCAACACUUCUACCUCUAUUACUGUUUAGGGGCAAUAGUGUUCUUCGGACUCUGACGGUUUCUUGUUGUCCAAAGUUUGAAGGCUUUCGUUCAGAUGAUGGACAGGAGGAAAAAGAUUUGCAGCUUCAUCACGAUCUUUCUAAGACUUCUCUUUACCGUUUGAAAUUUGAAGUGUGUCCUUCUUUAACGUCACUGCCAGAUUUGCAAGGGUUGAAUGCCCUGACAUCUUUAGUCAUCACUGUGUGUAAAAGUCUCAAGUCAUUACCAGAUGGUAUACAAUAUCUCCCAGCACUUGAGGAAUUGAAAAUUACAGGCAUGUCUGACGAUUUGGAAUCUUUUCCAUUCCCACCCUUGCGAGCAGAUGCAAGUCCUGAUGAAAAAUACUUCAUAUCGCUCCGUAAGUUACAUAUUAAUGGGUGGCCUAAUCUGAAGUCUGAUCUGCCUGAGCAACUUCAAUACCUCACUUCGUUACGAGAUCUCUACAUAGGCAUGUUUCCUUUGCUUGAGACGCUUCCAGAGUGGUUUGGCAACUUAUCUUCCCUUAAGGAGUUGUCUUUAUACGAUUGCGAACAACUCAAGUAUCUGCCUUCUAAAGAACAGAUGUUACUCCUCACCUCACUCAAAGAACUUACUAUUCAAGGUUGUCGACUUUUGGAGGUUAGAUGUGAGCCAGGCAAUGAUGAGGCGCAUAAGAUUUCUCACCUUGGAUCAGCUGUCUCAUUUGCUCUCUGAAAGGUACAUAACUCAGGUAAAACAUUACAAUGCGUCAAUGCCCUUCCCCUACGGCGGACAAACUCAGUACUCUCAACUCUUUAAGUACCACUUAUCUGAUAAAACAGAGAGAAAAAUAAAAGAAUUACCCAUUAGCGUUAAUUUGUUUCAUUAUCUUGUACUACGCGAAUUUUCAUUUGAACAUUCAGAUUUUAAAUGGUUGUGUUGUAGGAUAUUUGCAUGUUGAAUUGUUGUCUGUAGAUUCAGACAAGGGCGCCAAGUUAUAAUAAAGAAGUGAACAUGUUUGAUUGUCA